AAAUAUUUCUUCCCCUUUGUAUGCACACACUUUUUUGGCAAAAUAGAAAACAAUUGUUGCUUUUAUUUACAAAAUAUUCAGUAGAAACUUAAAAUAUGCAAGCGGAUAUCAAUAAUGUUUCCAGAGAUUAUGCCAAGAUCCUACAAAGUGCUGAUCUAGAUAAGGAAAUAAAUCCACUCUGCACGAAUAUAGAUGAUAUGCUGGCCAGAUUGGAUGAGUUCGAGACUUUGCUGGCUUCGGUGCGUGCUGAAUCCAAUGGUAUGAUGGCCAAUAAUGUCUGCAGUAUCCUGGGUUUUAGUGAAAGUUUCGAUCAGUUACGAACGAGAAUCGAUAGUUUGGAGCAAUUUGUGGGUGUAGUUAGUGCAAAUUUAAAUGAAGUCGAGAGAUCCGUUGAUAUCGCAGAGGAGGAACUUCAUGUCACGGAUUAUAGUAUCAAAGGGCUUCUUCUAAAGCCCCUGAAAGCCAAACUGAGUGCCAGCGACCCCACAACAUCCACCUCGCAGCCGCGAUCCAAUUUAGUUAAGGAGGAAUACCAACCUGUAGAAAUCUACAAAUCCGAUGAUUUCUUCGGAAAAUCGCACGAGGAAACGGAAAAGGAAGAGCCAAAAAAUGGAACAGAAGAACUAACUAGCUAACCUCGUACUAAGUAUUUGGUUAGUGAUUAGUGAAAGCUCAUAAAUUCUGGAAGUAUUUUUACAUUUUUUAAUAUUAAUAUCGUAUUUGUAAUUAAUUUGUUAAAAAGUUCCGUCUGUUUUGCAAAACGAUAAUAAUUAGAAAGGAAAAGUUUCAGUUGAAUGGAAAUCAACUCGCGAAACAAUCCCCUAAAA